CAGCACACGAGCGAAAUUUGCACCAAAACGCACUCGUCCAAGCGAACCGCGCAUCGCCCAUGCUUGUCCUUUGGCUUGCAGCCGUUCUGGCUGCUGUCUUGGAGACUGCAGCGCAGACGACGUCACCCUCUGUCUUUGAGGCGCGGCGCCUAAACAAGUGCCUCGACGCCGAUUGGGUCGCUGCAACAGCCAAGCGGCUCAACCUCGACCCCGAUGCUCUCGAUGGCCAGCGCCGCCGAGCGAACCCUUUGUUGCGCCAGGGACUUCGGGAGCCCCGCUUCACGCUCAACGACCCUCGGCAGCACUCUCCAGGUGCGUUUCAGCCGGGUUGCUUCAAGUCGCGUCAAUCUAUCCACGGCAUUGGCGAGCGCGUAUUUCCCAACGGCUCGGUCGCCUCGACGGGCUCCUGGAACGGAUCCUUUGUUCUCGAGUACAAUACGUGGCAGUCCCAGACGCUAACGGCGUCGAUCAUUUCCAUCUUGGUCUCGGAAGUGGUUGGAUACCCCGUGUCGUUCUUCAAAACGAGCGGCGGCCUCGGCGUCACGGAGCGCAUGUCGUCUGUCGGCGCGGGCGUGUGCACCCCGUCACACGUCAGUCCCGAAGUUUGGACGAGCUCCAAGAUGGCCCUUUUGAACGUAUACGCCAACGAAACGAGCUCGUCUUCGAUUGGCUACAACGGCCAAUCAGGACUCUACACACUCAAAGCCAACGUCGAAGAAGCGCUCAAGGGACCCACGUCCACCGUCGGGACCUUUAGCCGCAUUUACUCUGCCGACUGGUGGCGGGACUACGCCUUGGGCUCAGAUUUGAUCAACUUUUAUUCGAUGGCCAACUUUGAUCUGAGCCAAGUGGGGCAAAAGAGCGCGUGCCCAGACGGGACGUAUGGGUGCCUCAAUGGCUGCUCGCAGACCGCAGCUUGCACCGCCGCACUCGCCCAGGGCAAGACGUGUAUGCUGGUAGCUGGUCAGUACGGCACGGACGACCAGGGAUAUCUUCAGUCAGCUAUCGGCAACAACAACAUCCCCGCGCGCUUUUGCUACUCUGGCUACGCGCCAACGGGCAGCCUCGUAACGAGCACGAUGGCCAGCGGCGGCGCUAUCACCUUCUACCACUACGAGCCCGACAUUUUUCAUUUUGCCAACCCCGACAAGUUUGUGCGCAUCUCACUGCCGCGGCCAAAGCCCGAAAUGGUCGCGCUCGCCACGGGUCAAUUCGGCUCAAAUGGAUUCGGGCUGCCAUCGCCGGACCCGGUCAGCGUCGACUUUCCCGAGCAAGCGCUCAUGAAGUACUACUCCAACUACCUCUUGGAUUCGACCAACUUGAACAACUUUUUGCGCAAGUUUCAGCUCACCAAGCUAGACAUCAACAAUUUGCUACUGGCAUAUGCCAGCAACGCGUCCAACGCCGCCCUUCCAGACGUCGAAUAUGCUGUCGCGUGCGAUUGGGUCAAGAAGAACUAUGCAAAAUGGUAUCUCUGGGUCGAUCGCCUCCCACUGUGCACGAUGGGCACCAACGUGCGCUACAGCUUCUCCAACUGCAACAGCUCGUCGCAACCCCGGGCCGUGACCUUUGCGUGGACGACGCCCGACCCCGCCAAUAGCUCGCAACCGUACGACUGCGACGGUGGCUUUGGCACCUUACCGUCACCGUUCUACACAAGCCGGUCGUGCGAGUGGCUCGCCGCCAACACGGCACUCUGGGGGCUCUGGCUCACGUCACCGCCGACGUGCGACUUGUCUUUUUACAACUACUCGGUCUCCGAGUGCACGAGCAGCUCGAUCCGAAACGUCGAGUUCUUCUGGCUGCUCCCGAGCGCGACCAACUACCUCGUGAGCGGCGAAUGCAUCAACGGCGUCUCUCUCCCGUCCAAUACCACCGUCGCCUGCGAUUACGUCCCGACAUUCUCUGGCGUCUACACGGGGAUUGCCACCAUUACCGUGAUUGUGCUCGUGAUUCUUGUUGUCUUCGUCGCGUUGGUGCUCAAGUUUCGAGAAAAGCCCGUCAUCAAACGAUCGCAGUGGCACCUUUUGUUGCUGCUGCUUCUCGGCGGCAUCCUCAUUUGCGCCUACGUCUUGCUUGGCGCCGGUGCGCCGUCCAAUUUUCUCUGCGGCGCGCGGCCGUUUGUGGGCUCGCUCGGGUACACGCUCUGCUUUGGGUCGCUCCUCGUCAAGUCGCUCCGCGUCUACCUCGUGUUUGAAAACAAGGCGAUGAAGAAGCGCGUCGUAUCGGUCUGGCGCAUGUUGAACAUUCUGAGUGCGAUUGUCGGUGUCGACAUUGGUAUCAUUGUUGUGUGGCUGCUUGCCGAGUUUCCCGGACCGUCCACGUUCGCGGCAGCUGCGUCCGAGUUUACGGGCACCGUCGUCCACGUCGAGUGCCACUCGUCGAGCUUCAUCUUUCCCGUGCUCUCGAUCUUCUGGAAGGCGGUCGUGACGUUCGUGGGUCUCUAUGUGUCGUUUUUGAUCCGGCACGUGAGCGGGGACUUUCAAGAGUCGAUUUGGAUCUUCUCAGCGUCGUGCGUCGUGCUCGUGGGCUCGCUUCUCAUGAUGACGAUGGCAUACCUCGUCGCCCUACCGGCCGCCGCAGCGUACGGCUUCUUGUCGGCCAUCACCCUCUUUUGCACGAUCGUCACGAUGACACUCAUGCUCGGACCCAAGUUUACGCGGCUAAACCGCGAAGACUUGACGACCGAUACAACUGGAGCGACCAACGGCACGAAAGCAACAAAAGGGUCCAAGACGUCCAAGACGUCCAUGGUCAACUCGAGCGCAAUUAGCGCGUCUCGUGUCGUGUCGUCAGCUCGUGGCCACGACGUGCAGCCCCACUGAUGUGCGAUUGCACUGCAAAAGGCAAAAUGUAUUUCAAAUAUGCAUUUUUUUACUAGUAAACCCACAUCGAGUUCGUCAUAGCGCGUAGAAUAGCCUGGUAUGCACCGAUAACCCAGCAAACAGGCAAUUUGGUACUAGAGAUAAGGCUCGAUAACAUGAUUGCUAGCUGAACGAAUCCACA